AGGCCUGGUGGAUGGAGUUACAUGAUGUUAUUGAUUGAAGGUAACCGAUAUUUCAUAAAUUUAAUUGAGUUGCAUAUAGCUAGUUCAAACAAUUAUAUCUCCGGAAUUCUCGUGGGUCAAUACCCCACCCUAUCCCAUCGGGAUACAUAUCUUCGAAUUUAAUCGAGAUGUAAGAAUGUCGAUUCGAACAUCACGAUUAUUAAAAAGAUAUUUUUACUAAAAAUCAUCUAGACAACAAAAAUUCACAAUAUCACCCACAGGUUCAACCUAACGUGUCAACUUCUCAUUGGUCAAUACCCCUACCCCACUCCACCGGAGUACCCUAAAUUUAGUCGAGGUGUGAAAAGUUGAUCUGAACACUAUAAUUAUUUUUUUUAAGAACAUCUUUAUUAGAAUCACCUACAGAGUGAGAAAUCACAAUAUCAGCCUCAGCUUCAAACUGACGUGUCAAAUUCCUAUUGGCCAACAACCCCCACCCCACCCCCACAGUACCACUCUUCUUCCCUCAGCCAUUUCCAAAUCCCAAUUUUCUCCUCCAUUUUUCCCUCAAAUCAGCUCAAAAAACAAACAGUACACACAGUGAAUUCCAUUCACAUCACACAGUGUAUUAGCAAAAAUGACGGAAGCAAUGAUAAGGAAGAAAGCCGGAAUGGCUAGUGUAAAAGACAUGCCUUUAUUACAAGACGGUCCACCACCUGGCGGUUUUGCACCGGUUCGAUUCGCUCGACGGAUCCCUAAUUCCGGUCCAAGUGCUUUAGCCAUUUUCCUUACUGCUUUUGGUGCUUUUUCUUGGGGUAUGUACCAAGUUGGCGUUGGAAAUAAGAAGCGUAGGGUGAUAAAGGAAGAAAAAUAUGCUGCUCGAAGGGCCAUCCUGCCCAUGCUUCAAGCUGAAGAGGAUGAAAGAUUCGUUAAAGAGUGGAAGAAGUAUCUCGAAGAAGAGGCAAGAAUCAUGAAGGAUGUUCCCGGUUGGAAAGUUGGUGAAAGUGUUUACAACUCUGGGAAAUGGAUGCCUCCAGCAACCGGAGAGCUUCGUCCUGAUGUCUGGUAAGAUGUGGGUAAUCUUCCAGGACGUGCAGCAUGAGAACUGCUUCGUCUCAGUGGAGUUAUUAUUACUUUUUCCUUUGAACUUCUUUCCUCAAUUGGAAUAAAAAUGUAUCUGCAAAAUCUGUGCCCAUGUUUAAGAUGAUGUUACAGGAUUUGCUUUAUUGCUAUUAGCAUUCUCUCUCCAAUCUGCAUAUGAGUUUUGGGAUUAUAAGUGACAACUCAAGUUUCAUGUUCUCUAAUAGUUGGUUCAGAUCAUUUUACUGAAUACACAUCUCCUUUUCUCCAA